CGUACGAGACGUGUGUGCGCGCGCGCGCGCGCGUGUGUGUGUGAGGGAGGGACCGAGGGAAGCGCCGAGAAAACGACGGCGCUUCGUGUCUGUCUCAGUGCCAGAGAGCGGAGAAACGAGCGGAUCUCGAGGGGUAAAAGUAGCAUAAAGAAACACUGAGAGACGAGAAAACAGAAUAAUAAAACAUUUCAACUCUCCAACUCGCUGACGGCAUAUAGACACACCAGAGCAAACCAGUUGCGUGUACAAGCAUCUGAAGCUUCUGGGCAGGCUCUGUUCACCAUGGACUGGAAGACCUUCCAAGCUCUGCUGAGUGGAGUGAACAAGUACUCCACAGCAUUUGGCAGGAUCUGGCUCUCGGUGGUGUUUGUAUUCCGUGUGCUGGUAUAUGUGGUGGCAGCUGAGCGUGUGUGGGGUGAUGAGCAGAAAGACUUUGACUGCAAUAUCAGGCAGCCUGGAUGCCCCAAUGUCUGCUAUGACCACUUCUUUCCUAUCUCCCACACACGUCUGUGGGCACUGCAGCUCAUCUUUGUCACCUGCCCCUCGCUCAUGGUGGUGAUGCAUGUGGCCUAUCGCAAGGACCGUGAGCGGAAGUACCAAUCCAAGCAUGGCAACGGUGUCAAACUUUACGAUAACACAGGUAAAAAGCACGGUGGUCUGUGGUGGACCUAUCUGCUGAGCCUCUUCUUUAAGACAGGCAUCGAAAUUGGCUUCCUCUACCUGCUGCACCUCAUCUACGACAGUUUCUACCUGCCCCGCCUGGUCAAGUGUGACAUCAAGCCCUGCCCUAACCAGGUGGACUGCUACAUUGCUCGCCCUACAGAGAAGAAGAUAUUCACCUACUUCAUGGUGGGUGCCUCGGCCUUCUGCAUUGUGCUGAAUGUGUGCGAGAUCAUCUACCUGGUUUUCAAGCGCAUCGCACGCUGUGCCCAUGAGGUGAAGAGUCGGAACCGAACCCUCGACCACGACGGGUGUAAGAACAACACCUGCAGAAACUGCCAUCUAGUUGAGACCCAGCUGGAGCUUAGGCCUGUCAUCCGCAUCAAGGAGGAAAUGCGAGCUUCUGCACCAAACCUCUCCUUGGCUGUUUAGGAGCUCCAUUUGCCUUAUGGAUCAGCCCGUCAUCUUUCUUUUGUCCGACUGUUAUGUGUAGCGUUAUAAAGACAGAUGUACAGCAGUGUUUGUCAUUUACUUACCGUUGUGGGACUAUGGUAAGGGAGGAAUGAGCUCAGCCUCUCCUCAGGGCUGGAAGGGGCAGAGUGGAGGCCCAGUAGUGCAGAAGUCAUGUUCAGCUGGGAAAACAGGCCUCGAACAAGGAGCAGAAGUGGGCCUAUAUUUCAAUGAGGUGCGGCAAUCAAGAUCUAGAGCCAUGUUUUUGUCAGUCAAUUACUGUUUGUUAAUUAUUGCAAUGUGUGUCCUGUGUUUGAAUUUCUCUCAUGAUGGAUGCAGGCCUGCUGAUGUUAAAGGGCUUGUGCUGAUCCAGUGUACUUCAUAUGUCAUUUAGCUCUGACUGCUGUGUCACUACUGUGCUGGUACUGUAAGUGGGGGACAACCUUCCAUCCUGCUUAGCCUGCAGUCGGUUAGGGGGACAGAGUUCACCUUCAUCAUCUAACUGCUGGAGAACUGAGCACAAUUUAUAGUGCUCACUCAGGAAAAAAAAAAAAAGUUUACCUUUACAGUUUUACAUUUACAAGACUAUAUACAAAUUUGUGUCUGUUUGCCUAACAAGGACAACAUUUAGAAUUACACAACAAACAAUUUUUGGUGCCUGUGGUGCUUGUUUACACACCCAAGCUGUUGUGCACAACUUUGUGUUUCUUACCCUUUUCCCAUCUCAAAAUGUGAGCUCUUCCAGACACGCAAAGUGACGUCGAAGUCGGCCAGCCGAGAUACAGGCUAAAUAAUCUCAAUAUUUACUUCUUAGUCAGAAAGAAUGCGUGUGCGUGCGUGCGUGCGUGCGUGCGUGUAUUGUGGGGGCAGGGGUGUUAAGUUUUUUCAUGCACCUCAAAGUUUCAGAUUAUGGACACUGAUUCUGGAAAUUCUGCAAAACUCAAGACACCUUUUGAUCCAUGUGCAUAUGUAUAUGGACAUAUAAAAAAUGUUUACUUUUUCUACAUUGUACAAUUUUACAAAUAAAAGCCAUGUUAUAAAUGUUGUAUGA